AUAGCCGGCUCAGGCCGGUUCUCACUUAUAAAGCCAAAUUCAUGUAUCUACGAAUUAAUUGUAAGCUAAUCUGCAAACAGAUACCAAUUUCACUUAGACUAUAUAUCUAAUGAUACAUCAAUGCUUAAUAGACAAUUUUUUCCAUCCAUGCUACUAAUAGUGUUUUUCAUGACAACAUUAACUGGCCCAAAACGUUGCAUAAGAUUAUAGAAACUGUUGUUUGAAUAUGGAUAUUUUUUAAUGGUUUUCCUCCUAACUGUGCGAAUCGCCAUCGUGUGAGUCUGACGCCUUCGUUGAACGCGGCAAAACAAAAAUGGAAAUAUCUACUGACAAACCUUUAAUCAGUAUGAUCCUGUUUGUGCUCAAAUUGUGCGCGUGUAUUGUGCUGUGUCUAGGACAAAAUCAAGGCGUUGAAGUCCCGCAAUAUCAAAAAGAUGUAAAUAAAAUCCGUGAGUCAACGACAAAUUUUUCAAUAGAGUUAUUAUAUGCGGCAAAACAACAAGGGGAGCAGAACUUUGUCCUGUCGCCGGUCGCAGCGUGGACAAUGUUGGCCGUGACUGCCGAAGGCGCGUUGGGCUAUUCCCGCCAGGAGCUGCUCGUCGCCUUGCGGUUCCUCCCUAAACAGGCGAUUGAGGUGGUCAGGUUCUACCACCAAGAAAUCACGAGGCAGCUUAUCGUCGACAAAACUACUGCCGAAUAUAAGAAUUUCAGCGGAAUAUUCAUUCACAGGGGUGAUUGGUUUGGAAUAAAGGAUAGCUUCCGUCAAAUCGCGGAGGAAUACUAUAAUACAGAAGCAGUUGACUUAAACUUCGAAAACAAAGCAACAGCGGCCACCAUCAACCGAGCAGUGUCUUUGACUACCGAAGACAGAAUUCCCACAAUCAUUGAUGAAAGCCAUUUGAAUAAUACUGAACUCAUUAUCACCAGUGCUGUUUAUUUUCAAGGGAAAUGGACUGCACCAUUUAAUGAUUCUACAGUUAAAAGAGAUUUCUUUAACAGCGUUGGAGAAAAGAUAGGCGAAGUUAACAUGAUGUAUAGUAGAUACACAUACCCGUAUGCGAACAUUAGUGGACUUCAAGCAAGUGUGAUCGAGUUGCCUUAUGGUGUUGAUAACCAUAUGUCUAUGAUAUUAAUGCUGCCAAACCCUGGUAUCACUCUACAAAAUAUGAUCGUAAACCUUCAAAUACAUUUUAAUACAGUGUUUCAGGAACUAAGAGUCUCUAAAGAGCGUGCUGUUGAAAUAGAAUGUUACAUCCCACGAUUCAGAAUUGUUUCAAAUUUUGAAUUAAAUGAAAUUUUGAAACACAGCAUGGGAAUACACGAUCUUUUUAACCCCGAGAAAGGCUACUUGUUUGGCUUAACCAGCCGCUGGCCGAUUCGUGGUAUAAAAGUCAUACAUAAAUCAGAAAUCGAUGUUACUGCAGAAGUUAGUGCGCCAUUCUCGUCCGGGAGUAACACCUCAGAAUUUACAAAUGAUAAUACUGUUUUUACAUUUGAAGCCAACAGGCCUUUUAUUUAUUUUAUUGUGGAAAAACACUCGAACACUAUUGUACUGGAAGGAGUUUACCAACGUCCUGUUUUAUAUUGAGUUGUGAAUACAAAAAAAUAUCAAAAGAUCCAAAUGGUAUUUUAAGAUGUUUAAUGACUGGUAUUUUUAAGUAAUUGAGACCAGUUAAUAUUUUUUUUAGUUUUGUAAUAAUUUCUAUGCUCUACGAAUACAAAUUCAAGUUCUACAUUUUUUUG